AUGCAACGUCGCUCGCAUUGGGUUUCCCUUGUUGGCUCCGCCCAACCGACAACAACAGCAGCAACAACCCGGCAUGAGGGGAAGAAGGAGCAGCAACAGCGGCGGUGUGGCGAUGGGAACGACAGGGAGAAACAGCUUCUGCUGGACGUGGAAUUUGCGGGCGCUAAAGAUGUCUUCGCGUUGCGUCUCUCUGAAGAGCAGUCGGAAGAAAGAAGCGCGUCGUUCCUGCGAAAGCGGAAGAUGUACGUUAGCCAGGGUGUGCAGGUGCAUCGCUGGAACCGCGUGGAGUUCUUCUCCCCAAAUAUCCACACCUUCGCCCUCGCUGUGGCGCAGACGCAACCGCUUUCCAUCGGAUCCUCUUUCACGAGUGCAUUCAACUUGUCCUUUUCCUGUGCGCGGCAAGAGCCAAGCCAGAUCUGCUCCGCGAGGUCCGUGAACAACAACAACAACAAUGUGUCGGCGCCAGUACUCCUGACAGAGAGUUUCUCCUCCAACGCCUCCCGCUCACUGCUGCAAAGCCACUCUCCCGUUGAUGUGCCGCCGCACUUCCCCGAGAGCAGUCUCUACUGCCACUGCCUUGCAUUACCAGCACACCGUAUACAGGAGCUGCAGGGGGCGGCGGAGUCGAGGCUGCUUUCAUCGCCGCUCUCGCUCUUUACCUCCACGCAUGACGUGGUAAAUGUCUUCGAGCGGCACGCUGGCUCCCCCGACGCGCCACCUCUGCAGCAGCCGCAUAUUGGGGCGAACGCGUCGCACCACGCCACCCUCAUCACACCCGCAGCGGCCAACCCCACCACUGACGCGCAGAAGAAAAAUAACAACGCAACGCCCUUUUCAGUGGAGAGUGCGCCAACAGCCACGAUGGCCGUCUCGCCGCACCAAGAUAAUCUGCGCGGGCAGGGGUCAGGUCACAUGGGGCCGCUUAGUGCAAGCAACCACGACCCUGCCUCGCCGCUGGGCCAAGGUUCAACAGCACAAAGAUGGCCGCAGUUCUCAAUGGCGGAGGCCCCAUAUUCAAAGACGGUGGUUGCGAGCAUCAUCACCAGCUGCUUUGAUGUUUCAAUUGAUCCGUUUCAGUGGCGCGAAGCCAAUUUCAACCGUACGACGAUUAGCUACAGCAGCUCAAAGCCCUCAAUUCGCCGGCGAUUCGGUGAGGGUGUCGUGACACGCGUCAUGUACGGUGGGGUGUGCAUCGUCAUGUGCUCUAAUGCAGAAGCGGUGCGGGAGCUGGAGAAGGCACUCCACGUGGCGAAGUGGAGCACGACGAAGACGGCCAAGGCGAUGACCGAGGAUGUAAAAAAGGUCCUCCGUGGAGGUGAUAGCAACCAUAAUAGCAAUAGCAGCGAGCCCAUGUCGCCCAGUGUAUGUAGCCCCUCUGCAAUGUACUGCGUUUUGCAAUGUGUGGGUGGAAUGGACAUCGACAGCGAGUCUGAAUCCGUGCAGCAGGGUAAAACUACGCAUUCGGAUGGGCUGUGCAACUGCACAACACGCACAGCUCUGACGCCAUGGGUCAAUUUAAGAACAAUGACAAGAAUUGCACGCAUGUGGGCCCUGCACUUAGUGAGCAACCCAGAGCUUGCGGAGCCACUUGCUGUCUACGUGCAGAGGUUCGAUGGUAUUCUCCCUGCGCUGCAUUUGGCAGUUGCCGUGGACUAUCAGCUCUAUCAGAUAGUAACAGACUCCGAAGAUGAAGUCGAUGUUGAUGGCGAUGGCGACGCCGGCAUCACUGCGUGUGAGCCCGUUGUGAGUGUGGUGGGGGGCCGCAGGCGCUCAUUUUAUUCAAGAGAAAGGAGCCCUGGUAGCUGGAACGCCAGUUUGAUACGCUUAGAGACUGCAAGCACAGGAACGAACUGCAUGCCCGUUCCAAUGGUGCUGUACACUGGCCGUGCAUUGACGCAAUCCAUCGAAGGCGAUUGGGCGCUGUCCACAACCACACAGGAUAGCUACAUUUUUAACUACUCCGCUGGCUCCGAUGUGAUUGUCGCAGAUAGCGUGGCGGCGUCAGAGAAGCAGGUGAGUCAAUACCCAAGAACAACAACGACGACGACAACAGUGGCGCGGCCAGGUGUUGCUAUGGCGAAAGGUCGUGCAAACCCGAAAUUGAGGGAAAUCAUUUCUACCACCAAGUCAACCAAGUGGCCUGGCAACAAGGUGGCGGUGCGGCGCAAACAAUCUCCCGGCACCGUACCACACUUCGCCAGAAGGACAGUACGGCCGACUGGGGAGGAGCCGAGGACGUGUGACCCACAACAGCAGAAGAAGCAGCAAGAACAGCAUCAACUGCCUCCCCCCAAUGAAGAUGAGACACUCUGGGAGCGUGCCAUGCUGGAGGUGAGGGCGCUGGACACUGAGUUUCAGGACGUCCUAAACAGCUGUCGUGAAGCAGAAGAGGAACUUCAACAGUGUGUAAGCACCCUGCAAAAUCUACAGCGUGCCUUUCUACCCCUUUCGCUGAUGAACUCUAUUGAACCGACCUGUGCAUAUCUACAGACAAUGCUUGAGGAACCAGCGGAGUUGCCGGAGCGGUGCGGACACUUUAAUAGCCCCGAUUGGCUCCCAUGUCUCGCCGCCGUUCUGACAAACCCAAAGAACUCACUCCACUCCAUAGAGAUCUCGUGGGUUUUGACGAUUCCAUCGCUCCCGAAGCUUGGUAUGCUGGCAGGUCUCUUGUUUCACGAGCAUGCCAUGCUCUCACUCCGAAGGCUCUCCAUUCGCCUCGACAAUCUCUGCGGGAGCGCUCAGGAAGACAGUAUUGACUCUCCGAAACUGAACAAGCAAAAGCCGAAACUUGGUUCACGCUUGCGGCGCAAAAAGGAUCUGGGGAAGGAGCGAAAUUUUCCCGACGCGCACCAUGUCAUGAUGGGUGGGUGCACCAACGGUCCGCCCCUGAUUGUAAACGCGUUCCAAAUGAAAGGUAUUCUGCUUGCACUGACAGACGCCGUCGUGCGCAAUGUCCGGGAGUUGCACUUCACGCUGCACCUGAAGGAGUUCCCCCGGGGAGAUGCGGAGGAGGAGGAAGAGGAGGAGUCGCCGAUGUUCCAUCGUUUUUUGCGUGCAGUCGGGAAUCACAAGAGCAGUAGGAGGGUAACUCAACCCCCCGAUAAAAUCAAAGAGUCACUGAAUAAAAAAGACUCCGUUUCGUGGUCAGAUCUACCCGCGCAUGCAGCGGGUGAAAGUGGUGGAUUUGAUGAUGAUUAUGGAGACGAGAUUGAGCAGGCAUGGCACGAUGCAGAGUGCCGGCCGUAUUCCAUCUUACUACGCCACCGCGAGCUGCAGUCACCGUACCGGCCGACGUCAUACUGGAACUCAUCGCACUACGACCUGGCGGAGCAGCCUAGCAACAGCCCCACAGUAGGCACAGCGCCGUGGGUGUACGGGCUGCGCUCGCACCACGUCGAGACGGCGUUGCUCUGCCGGGCACAGGCGCAGAUAUGGGCAAAGGCAGCCCCCAUCUUUGACGCAUUGCAGAGUUCUAUCAUGCUUCCCGGCCAGUCGAGUGAAGGCAGCUGCGGUAGCAACCAAGCAUGUGAGGGCAGCAGAGUCAACAGAAGUGAGAUUGUCCUCCUGCGGUAA